AUGUCAGAAGACCAGCGUGUAAUUAGUCAACCAAUUGAAUUACAUAAGCUGUCGAUUGUCGAUAAACACUCCCAAGGACAGCAGCAACAGCCGCAUCAAAAACAACAUGAAGUGCAGCCUGAAUCAAAAUCACCAAGGGUUACGACACCUUUAAAGCCCAAAAGACUUGCUAUACCUAUAUCAAGUCCGCAAAGAUCUACGACAAAUCAGUCACCCGUGAGCGACCACGCAAGUCCGAUUUCAACAGACCAAGAUUUAAUAUAUAAAUUAGCUGCAAAACACAGAGAAAUCAAUGAACUUAGUUUCAAAUUAGAGGUCGCCCAAAAAGAAUUAAAACAAUUAGAGUUACAGUUCAAAGAUACACUGCCCCGAAAUGGACAACAGAAAUUAGGUAACCAGAACCCAAGUGAAUACCUCUCUACUUUUACCAAAAGAAUUCAACAGACAUUUGUGGACGUAAAUAAUUCACCAAAUAUGCUCAAGGGAAAAAAGAGUAUAAACGAUUUUUUUAGUAAGCCCAAUAAUAAUGUUAAUAGCAACAUAAAUAACACUCUACCCAAUCGUAAACCGAACCCUCCGCCUAAUCGGUCACAACGUAUGCAAAAUAUUGCUCCAAGCCGUAGUUCAGAAUCAACUCCAACAUCGGGUCCUCCCUUGCUACCCCCAAGGAAUACUAUGAAGAAUGCUAAUACCACGGCAACUGCUGGGGAGAACACACCAUUCUUACAAAGAAUACUUAACAAAUUCAAUCAAAUGAAUAUGGAAGAGGACGAAUUCGAUGACCUUUUGGAAAAGAGGAAAAGUAAGAAAGAUCACUAUUACAUAAAAGAAAAUUUGGGUUACGAAUACGAUGAAGUACGCAGUGAAGACGAGGAUGAUGAAGAGUUUGAACCCAUGGGUGACAUACCCGUUCAUUUAUUUAAAAGGUAG